GUUGUUGAUCACAUGUCUUUCCCUACUACUAGUUGUGGGAGCAUGCCCUGAUCCCGAGCGAAAAUUAUCAUGGGAAGCUAAACUUGAUGAGUAUAUAAAAGGCAUUUGUCCCGAUACUCGAAAAAUGGCACCGGAACUUCGCACCAAUGUUACAGUGAAAUUUUUUUUAAAGUCUUUUUCCUUCGACGCUGGUGAAGAGAUCUUCAGUAUCUACAGCUGGAUUUUCUUGAAAUGGAAUGAUCGUCGGAUCAAAUGGGACCCCAAAGACUAUGGUGACAUCGAUAAAUUGCAAGUUUCUUCAUCGAAUAUCUGGAAUCCAAUGGAUAAUUUCCAAAACUCAAAAAGUACAUAUGAGUUCGAUUAUUUAUGGACAAAAACUUGCGAUGUAUAUUUUAAUGGUAACAUUAUAUGUGUUCCAAGGACAGUGUAUGAAAUUAUAUGUAUAUCAAGGCUAAGCGACUGGCCAUACGACACUCAGACCUGUCGUUUUGAGUUUAAGUAUAGGGGAAACAACCAAUUGCCAAGAGCAUUAUUUAUGUUUGGAGAUGGACGUGGUAUGAGACUGCUUGGGGCUGAGUAUGGAGGCACAUGGAAUAUUAUGGAUUACAAACAGGGAGAUCAAAACGAGGUUCUAUUUUUUGAGUUAACCGUCGAGAGGCAAGCGAUGGGGCUUGGGGCCAUGUUAACAGCACCGGCAAUUACACUGAUGCUGCUAAACAUAUCAUCGAUGUUAAUCGACAUUCGUGGACCGUCGCGACUACUAUUAUGCUGUCUUAGUUUGCUAUCUCACUUCAUUUUCAUGCAACUAAUAAACUACAGUAUGCCUCAGCUUAAUCGGGAGAUGCCAAAAAUUUUGAUAUAUGUUCGAUCAUCGCUAGUUAUAACGAGCUUUAUGCUUAUGUUAUCUUUCAUAUUGAAUACUGUAUCUAAAAGUAGUAAAUCACCACCUGCUUGGAUUUCUGGUAUAAAUACAUGGGUACAAAGUACUCCAAUAACCUAUGUGAUUCAAUCGUCUCUACCAGCAGAGACUGUCGGCGAGAGCCUUACAAAAAUUCACUAUAAUGAAUGGAUGGAUUUUAUAAACCUCGUUAAUAAUUCAGUUACAAUUAUCGUAGCUAUACUAUAUUUAACCUUUUACAUAUUGUAUAUUCCAAGUCCGCCGUCACUAAUUUAAUCUUAUAUAAAACAUGAAUUUAAUUUAGUUUAUUAGCUUUAACUAUUUUUAUAUUACGUAAUAAAAUAUUUUUAAGAUACAUGUAUAAUUUUAUAAGUCGCAUAUCAGUUUCAAUUCCAAUUUUAAAAACCUUUUGUGCAGAUUCGACAAAGUGAAUUGGAAAAAUCCAAAAUUCCAAGUACCUUUUCACAUUUUCACUGUGUCAUUGUGGCAUUUUGCAUGCCUGCAUUUGGUACUUUGAAAUCUCAUCAUACGUGCGGAUGCAGUCGUUAUUCAGCUUAUUGACUUCUUUGAAUAUGUAUAUUGGCAUAAUUACUUUACACGUUACCUGCCUGAUGGCAUUUGCAUUAUCGAAUUACAGCAGGUAUAUAUUUUAUUAUUAUUUUUAUUGUAUAUUAUUAUUUAUAUUGCAUAAUUGUUUUUUGCACUUGAUGACUACUUCGACUUAUGACAUGUAAAAACUGCUUUGUAGCUAAUUUUUUUUAUUAAUAUGUAAAUAAGCUACAGAAGUCACCUUAAGUCCGAGAAAAAGAAUAAACGGAUAUGUCCCUCUCAACACUA